AUGUUUGCCUCAUUCAUAUUUUUACACUUUCCGGCAAUGUUUAUUGUUAAAUAUGGACGUUUAGAAAUGCCUAUAGAUGAUGAAUUUACUGAUGAACAAUCAUUUUAUACUUCAACAGAAAGAGAAAGUUCUUCUCUUAAUUUUUUUCAAACAACAGUAGGUGAUUUUCAAAGUAGAAUUUUACAAGAAGGGGAUAUUUUUGGUGAUUGGGCACUUGUCAAUGAAUGCAAAAUUCCAUAUACUGUUCGAUCAGUUGGUUAUUCCCUUUUAUUUGUUCUUGAAAGAGAAGCUAUGGCUGUUGCUUUUGAUGAAUAUCCACAUAGUAGAAGAAUGGUUAGAAGAAAAGGUAUUUCAAAUUUCUUAAGUUUCCGACUUAAUUUUGAAGCCAAACUUAUUUGUCAACAAUAUGAACAACGUUGGAAAAGAAAAGAUUCUUUAAGUUCAUAUGAUAGUGCAGCAGCAAACGAAUUAAUGGAUAAAAGAGAAGAUGAAGAAGCAGAUGAUGAUUGUUAUUAUUUUAUGGAACAUUCAUCUUCGAGUAUUGAGGCUAAACUUAAUGAAAUUCAGAGAAAUGUUAAUUUAAUAAAUUCAGAAUUGGAAAUUGCUGAAAGGAAUUUUUUGCGUUCUUCUUCUGAAUUAAAACAAUUAAUGACUGCAGUAGAAAAGGAUUAUCAACAACAACGCCCUAAUUUAAAACAAAUGUUAGGAAUGAAACAAUUUUGGAAACGUCGAAAAGUUGUGUCAGCAACAAAAACAUUAAUAAAUAAACCGGAAAUAAUUAGACAAGAAUUGGAAAAUAAUUAUUUUGAUAAUGAAGAUAUUUAA